UACCUCUUGCUCUUUAGGUGGGAUUUGUCUAGUGAGAGGAAUGUGUCGGCCAUGUUUAAAGGUAACAGGCACCAACGCCGCAGGCAGGCGCAUCGGCAUAUUCGCCGUGAUGGCUGUAGAAAGUCGGCAUCGUCAGCGAAAAAGUCAAAGAAAAGCAAGGAAAGCAAUAUCUAUGUGACAACAUGGACGAAUAUCUUGUUUCUUUAGAAUGCUUGUCUGUGCCUAGCUGCUGAUAGCUGUUUCCGUGUCGUGCUUGAUCGUGGCUGAACUCGUACGGAGGGACCAGCCCAAAAAUCGAUAUGUCCACCGCGUUCUCAGACGAAGGAUCUUUGCCAGAUAGCAGUGAUCAAGAUGAUCGGGAGCCCCUCGAUCAACGAGUUCAGUUUGAACUUGAACGCCUGAACACGGCCACAGAGCUUAUAAAUAAGCUGGAAAUCGAACUUGAUGAAGCAAGGUCCAAUUUUCGCCUUCUUCUGUCGGAGUCCUCACAGAAGAUUAAUCAACUUGCCAAAAAGCUGGGAAGCCAUGUGGAAAAAGCACGGCCUUAUUAUGAGGCUAGGAUGAAAGUGAAAGAGCUGGAAGACUCAGCGCGCAAAGCUUCUCUGCGGCAUGAACGGGCAUCAUUGGCUCAUUGCACUGCCCGACAAAUGGUGGCACUGGCGGAAGAAGGCCUGCGGCGUCAAGGUGCCCAGGGUUCUCUGGACCCUGUCUUUCAAGAAAUGCUCAACCAGGCUACUGUACGGGUGAACGAGGCCGAGCGUGAGCGGGUGGUGAGCCGGGCCGAGCAGGGGCGACUAUGGCACGCCUGCAAAGGCCAGCAGCAAACAGUGCUUGAUCUGCACCAGGCUCUCAAAAAGUCAAUCGUCAAGGCCAGUCUGUCAGCACGCAGAAGUUUGCUGCAACUUAACAAUUUAGCAAACCAGCAUGAACUUCAGUUGCUGCCAUACUUUGAGAUGAAGGCUCAACUAAAUGAAGCUCUUGAGGAGCAGAAAAAACGAGUCUUCCACAUGGAAGAGGAUGUCAUGCGGGUCAAGUUCUCGUACACUGAGGCUCUGCACAACUUGGAGCAAAUCAGCGACCAGAUGCACCAGGACCGCCUGCUGAGGCCACACAGCAGCAGUAGCGGCAGCAGUCUGCUCAGCAGCGAUGACUGCUGCGGCCGUGGUAACAGUGAUGAUGGCUAUGCCCACGGUGUGGGGGAUGGGUUCCCGCAGCGGCUAGUGAAAUCUUCUAGCCUUUCUAGCUCAGAGAUGCUGAAGAUAUAUGAGGAUAUCUGCUGUGAAGAGACAUAUCGAAAAUUGCCUGAGCCACGAAGAAUUCAAAGGCAUCCAGCAGGCAUUCGAAGGGCCCUUUCUGAGGGAGGCCAUCAACCUGCGAUGUGCCCAUCACCAUCGCCAGCCAGUCAGCGCAGAGGACUUGUUUCAUCACUUGUUGACCGGGUAUUCCCGACCAAGCCUUCUCAAGCACAAGUCAGGGAGGAGAAGCCUGCAAGGGUUCCACAGUCUGCUGUGCCGACAUUAAAGCAGCUAGUUGCCGCAGUGAUAGACCAGAUGUUCCCGGACACCACCCAGUGCAAUGGCAACGAAGAAAUUUUUCUUGAUCUAACUGCACCUGCUCCCAACAACAAUGGUGCCCCUGGUGUCCCCCUUGCCACCCUCGAAGACCUUUCACCAGUCAUUGCUUUUGAUAUUGAGGCAUCAUUGGCAAAAGCCGCUCGAAGGCUCACUCUGGACGGAACUUCCCAAAGGCUGCAGACUGUUGAGGAAGGCUCUGACACUGACAGCCUCCUGAGCACGGGCACCGGCGGCACUCUCGACGAUCGGCAGAUUGACUGCCUUCUGCUAGACCGUGUGCUCGAACAGGACUACCAGGAGGUGCUAAACUCCUGCAGGGACUCCUCAAAUUUGUAGGGAUGGCUUAUCUAAAGACGUGCAAAUGAAUGUUGCUAUUUAUGUAUGUUAAAGUGCGAGGUUAUCAGCGGCAUUGUACAUGGUGGACAGAGUGUGAGAAUGGUGCGUGAACGCUAUUAAGUGUGUGCUGCCAUCUUUUGUGCAGUGUAUUAGUAAAUGCUUUUGAAGCUACCGUCAGGCACAUAAAUUCAGUACAAUGUUUUUGUUGCCUACUCGUCUGUGUUAUGUUUCUAGUUUGCAGAAUAAUGAAGGGAUUGUAAGAUUACUGACAAUUACCUAGAGAGAGAUGUAGCUCUACAGUGCUGCUUCAUGCAAGGGAAUGCUGGGAAGUAGUGGCUUCUGAUUGUUUUUCUAUGAGAGCCAAAACAAAUACUAGAGCAACAGGCACUGCUGAUGUGACCAAGCCAAGCGGCAUUCUUUCUGUAAUAAUGAUUUAAUCUCUACUGAAAGUGCAAGGUGCUGCAUUUGUUACAUUAAUACAGUCAAACCUAAAUAUAAUGAACACCGAUAUAACGAAUAAUUUGAUAUAACGAAGUAAAUGUAAAAUUUAGUUGGCCAUGCUUUAUCUCCGUGGAGUGUUCUACUGCUAUAACGAAAUCGAAAAUGUGGUAUCCAACUCGGUAACAGUUAUAGCGAAGCAAAUUUUGGUUUGCAGGUGCCUUAAAAUAUAUAUCCUGUCAACAAAAAUGUCAAAUACAGUCGCUGACCGAUUUUUCAGACACUCUUUGGACUUGCACAAUUAUCUCACUUCCCUGCGCCACCUAAUCCUACAUCUAUCAUUAAAAUAAUGACAGAAAUUUCAUUUUAAUGCAUGAAUUGGUACAAUGUUUUGGGCAUAAAAGCGCGUGCGAAGCUGCAAGCACAAUUGGCCAUGAACAAAGUUGUUGUCAUGUCAAAUGGCAUGAAACCACAACUUUUGUUGCCGACUCUCGACGAAAUAGCGCUAGUUAGGCCGAGCAGCUUAAGCAGUGCAGUCGGCAGAGUGGCUUGUGACAAGCCGUCGCUGGGAAGCUAGAAUGCGGGAAGCCAACUAGAACGCCUCGCUAUCGUAUGCAGAAUCCACUUGUGUCCUGCUGAUGGUAAAAUAUAUCACAAGCUCUCAAAGAAAAAAUGGCGGCGGAUGCGCUCAUAGUUUCAAAAUGGCAGGUGAUUGGAACCAGCCGGGCACCGUUUCGAAGGAGCUGGGAUGUCGCAUUUCGUUCUUUCGAUGGCGUUUUUAAUGGGAACUUGCAUUUAGAUGUGGAAAAGUGCCAGGAGCAAAAAGGAAGGUGCUGAAAAUCCUAUUUGAGACGAACAUGGUGUCGAGUCGUAACUACCGACGCCAGCUACAGAGUCGUUUAUGUUUUCGCGUAUUGAAGGGCGAGUCCACAUAAAACGAACUACUGACACAACUACCACUUUUCGCAGAACUACAGUAUAGACCACUUAUAACGUAACCGCUUAUAGUGCAGGACUGGAUAUAGUGCGGUCUUUUCAGACUCCCGUUAAUUUUCCCAUAGCACUCCAUGUAUGCACGUAUCGCUUAAAGUGCAGUUGCGGGAAACGAAAUACCGGUUGCAGUGCGGCUGCCUGGGAGUACGGAAGUCAGCGGAGACGGCGAACGCUCCCAUCAAAAGGGCGCCCCAAGGAGUGCUCGAGGAAGAAAGAGAGACGAAGUGGAGAAGGGCACGUGGUGUGAACGAACAGGCAGUGAGGCUGAAACCAUAAUCUUGAGUGCGAGUCGUGAAAUAUCACGGCGCGCAUAGCGAGCGUGGGCCACGAAACUGCCAACGCCGGCCAACGCUCGCUUCACGAUAACGGCAAUAAACGAAACCUCAGGAGCGGGCGGCGCUGGCACAGCACAGCGAAGUGCGCACGUGGAGACCGUGGAAUGUGAGGGAGGAGGGCGGCAGGGAAGCGGAUUUCGCCUCGGCAACUCCUCCGCUUCGGUGGCUCCCCUCACCCUCCCUCAUAGCUCCCUCACUUUCGACUGUUACCGUGCGCGCCCGCCGCCGUGCAGGCGCCGCCGCUCCAGCCGGCCCGGCGCCAGCUCCCCGAAGUUUCAUUUUCUGCUGUCAUCGGGAAGUGGGCGUUUGCCGGCGCGGGCAGUUUCGUUGGCCGGCCUGGGACAGCGCCGCUGCUUCCCUCUGCGCUGUAGCCGCAGCGUGCAAGGUCAACACAUGACUAGAAAGUAGAGGAAGCAUAAAGGAGAAAGAAGGGUUCACUGCCGUUUUCUACAAGUGGCUACGGUAGUGUGGCUGAGACGUCGGCACGCACAUGCAUGUUCCGGCGCAAUGCAGAAUCGGCGACCUUGCCAUUUGAGAGAGGGUGAAAUUUCCGCCGCGUUUUUCUUUUCUUUCUUUUCUUUUUUUUUUGUUUCGGUCACGCGCGACAUCGAGAAGUCUGUCCUAAGCUUUUAAUCUAUGGCGGUGCGGGAGCAAUGCCGGUCAGAGGCGCCGCCGCGUGAUUUCGUUCGAAUUAACGAGAUUCGAUUGCAAAUUGAAUGCAAACGUUCUUGCCGCAUUCCUCGACUGUUGCAUACGCUUGGCGGCUCGGUGAACAUGUUUUGCAUAUGUGUGGGCCUUGAAAAUUGCUGCUUUGGUUAUAGUGCGGUACCGCUUAUAGUGCGGAUAUUCGUGACUCCAGCGACUUACGUUAUAGGUGGUCUACACUGUAUUCAGUUAAAAACGGGUUCGACUUCAACUGCGUAUGCAAACAAACAUUAAUGAAAAGUUUAUUAUGGAAGAGCGAAGGCGUGUUGUCAUAACUUAAUUCCAAGAAAGGUUUAUUUGUGUCUGUUAUGAGCCAAGCAGCAUUCAAAACAAGCUAAACAUUCCAUAUCUCAGCAUUCCCUUGCUGGCACAGUGCUAGUUAAGAUAACUCACUUAGACGGUGACACCACAUUUUUUCACCAAGUAGUAUUUCUGUGGCAUGGACAGAUGCAAAAUUUUGUAGUACUUAGGCAAAUUUGUAAUGUACGGUAUGCUCUCUUGUAAGAGUGAUUAUCAGUGCGCUCUUCAGAGUCUGCUAGCCUUUUGCCACGUAACCAGGCAAACAACCCGAUGGUGCACUAAGAGUGGUACUAAGUGGUUGCGAUGUGUAAUGACAUUCCUGGAGUGUAAGAGAUCUGCAGGAUUUAUAGUGCUCAAUACAAAUUCACAAGUUUGCACUGGCGAUUGGGUAGUUGUUUGUGGCUCGAAUCAUGACAGCCAUGUAGUUAGUCUUACUACAAUUGUUUAGUCGCUAUUAAAAACGAUGGGGCAUCACUACAAGUUUGCUUCUCUUGCUGGGGGAUAGCUGUUUCUGAGCUCAGCACAGCUGUCUGAACAGUACCCACCAAGCUGAUCGUUCUUAAAUGCAGUGAUAGCAGUAAUGUUUUGAUCAAUGAUGUGAGCAUUUAUUAGUGUCUGUGCAGACUGCUGGCAUCAAGAGUAGCUAGGAAUCAAGCAGCUUAUGCUCUCGUCAUGCUGACCUAAGUGACCAUGGACAUCCAAGAAACAUCCACUUAGGAUAUGAAUGUUUUGUUAUACACGGAUAUCCAUGCUGGUUAUCCAAAGGAUAUGUUCAUGGAAUAGUAUCCACUUAUGGAAGUUCACAUAGAAUUCCCAGUGGACGUACAUACAAUGGAUGCUUACAAUAAGGCUGCCGGCAUUUCGCAAAAAGAAUGUUCUGCCAUUUAACGUUCUUUCGUCAUCUCUUCCAAAAGAAAUUUAUGAGCAUUUCAAAAGAAAUUUAGAUCUGACGCAGAUCUAGAUAUUUUCAACCAUUCAUGUUCUCAUGAAUACGUACCGUAUUUACUCGAUUCUAACACGCCCUCUAUUGUAACGCGCACCUCGUGCUUUCAUACAGAAAUACAACUAUCGCUCAAGAUUUACUCCCAAUACACUAAAGUUGCGAUGAAAAAAAAAGUCCCAGCAUUGAUUGCGACAGAAAAUUAGCAGACAGCUGUACGAAGUAAGGAUAGUAGUUUUAUCGGCCGUAUAAACUUGUAAACAUUCACUGUUUAACUAAAUCGGUAGACUAAUGCCUAAGCACACAUACUACAGCACAUGGUCGAAGCUACGGGAGCUAGGCUCGAAGUGCGUAGGAGGCGGCCAUAUUGAAAUGCCGAUAUGGUAGCGCAAAUUUAGGCUCGUACUUGAUUCUAACGCGCAGGCAAUUUUUGGACCCGUUUUAUCAGAAAAAAAGGGCACGUUAGAUUCGAGUAAAUACGGUAUUCUCAUGAAGCUGAAUAGGUAAUAAAUAUUGUUCGAAAAUUAAAAAAAAAAAAAAGUGGGAAAUUAAAUGAUACCAUGUAAUCAAUGUUAAUAACAUUGCAUAUAUAUAAUGCAUUUUUACAACAGGCAAAAUUCACUAUUAUAGCUUUACACCUUUGUCUUUGCAGACAAUAUGCUUACCAUUGUAGAUCCAAGUGGAUGUCUCUCUCAAAUUUGAAGAUACCUUGCAGGUACCUAGAGUAUCCAAACAGGAUUUCCAGUGGCCGUUCAGCAAAUGUCUAUGGUUUCCUGAAGGAGCCGGUGUUAUGCCAAGAUUGUGCUGGUUGUUGAUGGAUCACAGGAGCUAUAGAAAUAAAGCAGUAAAAUUGUCUUAUUUUUCUUAGUGCAUUGCAUUUUGAGCUAUUUUGUGAAAAAAAUGUGCAACACUUUCAUUAUUGCGAAAAAUAAUAAAAAAGAUAAAUAGGAAAUGGAUGUUACAACUAUGAUAUGAUAAGCAUUUUACUGUCUACAGAUAAGAUUUUUGUUGGUGAGAAUCAUUAGAGGUGCAGAAACAGCAACAGUGUAACUUGUUGCCUCUGGUACAUCUCAAUUUCAACAGUUCUUUGUUUGACCUUCAUGAAACCCUGUUGCCACAAAAAAAAAAAAAAAAAAAUAAUAAUAAUAAUAAUAACUGGAGGAAGAGUAAUGAAUUGAGAUUGAUUCAUGGGGUUCAGUGUCCCAAAGCAAUGGUGGGGCUUUGUAAAGAAUAACACAUCUAUAAUUUGCCAAGUUGUUUACUGCUGCCCAAUUGCCACUUUUGAUGUAUGUAUAGAUUCAAAAGGUUAUUACAGUGUUAUGCAUUGCUGGUGCAAGUUGGAUAUUAUUUAGACUGGCUGAAUUGCAAGGAAGAUGCAGCUGAUGACAUACUCAGCUUUCUUUGAUUGUGUUUUAAAAGUGGCAGCUUGUUAGCACUCAUUCUCGGCAGCAAUUGUGUGCAUCUUCGUGCACUUCAGCAAAGAGACAUCGGUUGGAUAGUGCAAUUACCAUGGUGGAGCACAAGUAAACGGAAUGAUGUUCCGAUUAUUCAUUAGCUGCUUGCAAUUUUUACCUAUUUCAUACUCUUUAGCCCAAGACAUGUUUUAUACUCCAACUUCUUUGUGCAUUCCUAUGAAUGUUCCUUUCUUAUCUUGAAAGAUAUAUUAGCUGCAGUUUUAUUCUAGUCAAGAGAGUUAAAUGCACACAUAUUUAUUGUUGCAUUGCCUUCUGUAAGCAUAUUUUCAUGCAGCAUUGUGUGUUUUCCUAGAUUUAAAAAAAUAUAUAAUUAUGAGAGCAAUAUGAUUUCUCUGAUGAGCUGUUAUCUGUGGUCUUACGACAGUAUUGCCAUGCUUUACUGUAUUCCAAAUAGUUGUUUCUAUUCGCUAUUGUUCUCAGUUUGCGAAGAGGACAUAUCUCUUCCCUGCUUUUGUCCUGACAUGUAUACCUCAAAGUUAUGACUUCAAGUGGGCAAAUGAUUGGUUUCUUUCAUUUUUCUUUUGUCGGAGGGAAGUAAUAAAAGGCUUAUUACAUAUGUAUGCUACAUAUGGGAAACUCCACUGUGUGUGUUAGGUCAUGUGCAAUGAAUAAACAAAGGAAUGUAAACUCUGGAAUAAAUCAUAUCUUCUGCAUUGUUGAGUGGGUA